AUGGACGAAGACACUACUGACCACCUUUACUUCAAGACGAUAGCGUCGUGCGUGAUCUGGGACCUCUCUGUCCUCGGAUGCGUUGCUCCAAUGUACAUGCCUGUGCUUCGUGAUGCUUACAAUGGCGUGUCUACGAUCGUCGUUGGUGGCAUCUUCCUCGUCGGGUCCGUCGCACAUGUCGUUCCUGCGUUAGUCGAGACUGCGCGCGUAACAUUGGCGGGAGUGGACUUCAUGAUCUUCCCCACGGCAUAUUCGCUGUAUGCACUUGGGUACUUGUUUGUCCUUGGUUUGGAAGUUGUGGCGCAUUGGGUCCAAGUUCACGUCCACUCCCCUGUGCACAAGGUCCACCCUUCCAUCACUUUGAUCUCUACCUCCACGGCGGUGUCAAAAUCGAAACAAUCAGCUCCAAGUUCCCCCCAUCCGUCCAUGUCGGUCGUCGUGCUCUUUGGCGUGCUCUCGCUCCACGCAUUGCUGGAAGGAGUUGGCGUUGGCAUUGCAGCCGAACCCGCGUGGACGACAUUGAGUGGCAUUUUGGCUCAUAAGACCGUGUCCUCUUUGGUCCUCAGCAUUGAAAUCCACCAUCACUACAGCGACCCCAGCAUGAAGACCCGACGUGUGGGGAGUCUAGUUCUGUUCUCGGCCAUGACGCCCACUGGAGUACUCCUGGGCUCGUCAAUCAAGGACCCAGCCCUAUUGAUAUUGGGUCUGAUUGUGUCGCUAGGAAACGGAAUUGGUUUGCAUCGCGUCGUCAUGGGAGCCUUCCGUCCACCCCCCAGACACGAAUCGUAGCUUCGACUGUGGGGUAGUUUGUAGUACUACUGGUAAGCUAUCAAUUGAGAUUAUGUAGCCAAUCUAGACGCUUUGUUGAAUAAUAUCAACCAAUCAAAAUUCUGG